AUGCAAUCGACGCUGGAUGCCGGGGAGGAGGAGGCGCGAGUCUGGGACGGCCGUGCACUGCGAGCCGACAGCCCGCUAUGGUUUGGCUUGACCCUUGCGCCGGAGGAGCACACGCGGGAUGCUCUAGCAUCAUCAUACAGCAACGGCUCUACGCUCCCUGUUGAUCUGAAGGCGUAUGCGCUGCAACAGGCGUAUAUUCAUCGGUCUCGUGCGCGCAGAGCUCGCUCGCUGUACGACCCUUUGAAGGAAGACGUCGAGCUUUUCCUCCGAAUCCAUUCGGAGCAGGGCUGGCAGUGGGAUUUGGAUAGCGCCGGUAUGCGCGUGGAAGGCAAGUUCUGA